GCGUGGGCUUCGCCACGAGGCAGGUGGCCGGUCUCACCAAACCCACCACCAUCAUCGAGGUGAGCGGCGACAGGGUCACCGUGAAGACGCAGAGCACGUUCAAGAACACGGAGAUCAGCUUCAAGCUGGGCGAAGAGUUCGACGAGACGACCGCUGACGACCGGCACGUCAAGUCCGUGGUCAAGCUGGAAGGUGGCAAACUCGUCCACGUGCAGAAGUGGGAUGGAAAGGAGACAUCGCUAGUGCGGGAGCUGAAGGACGGCAAGUUAAUCCUGACCCUCACCAUGGGCAGCGUUGUGUCCAUCCGCACCUACGAGAGGGCCUCCUAG